UGUUGUAAUACAUCGGGAUGUAUUGUAGCAAACCUCCCGCCCCAUUCCAUCGCCAGCUCCGGAAGCUUCACCUCUUCAUAGUUCAGACGCGUGGAAAUUAGAAAUACAGAAGAGAAACCUCUCUCUCAACCGCCGGAGAAAUGCUUCCCCCGCCAUCUUCUCCAUCUUUCCUAGGGUUUCCUGUUCUACCGCUCUCCAUCUUUUCAAUUCUCGUCGGAGGGCUGCUCGUUCUCUUCAUCUUCGCAGAUUACUUCCGCAGGAAAAGGACCGAAGUCCGUUCGAUCGCAAAACCCGAACCGGCCGUUGAUCGGAAGGCUCCGAAGCCUCCACCAUCCACCUCGAAGAAAUCGCAUCCGCGUUCGCACUCGCAGACGGCAGACAAGGAUCAGAUCAAACGGCAUCAUCCCCUUGACGCGAAUACAUUGAAAGGUCAUGGGGAUUCGGUUAACGCAGUCUGUUUCUCGUCCGACGGUCGGAAUUUGGCGACGGCCUGUGCAGAUGGAGUGGUCAGGGUUUUUAAGUUGGAUGAUGCUUCCAGUAAAAGCUUCAAAUUUCUGAGGGUUAACUUGCCUGCUGGGUGCCACCCGACAGCCAUUGUCUUUUCUGAGGGAGCAUCAUCUCUUGUUGUGGCUGCAGAAACCCUAACUGGGUCUUCCUUAUACAUGUAUGGAGAAGCAACUGCUAAAUCUGACAAUGAAGCUAAGCAGCAACCCAAGCUUCCUCUACCAGAAAUCAAAUGGGAGCAUCACAAAGUCCAUGACAAAAGGAAUAUCAUUACUCUAGUUGGAACCACUGCUAGUUAUGGAAGUGCUGAUGGGAGCACGAUUAUUUGUUCGUGUUCAGAAGGUACUGAUAUUAUACUCUGGCAUGGAAAAAGUGGAAAGAUCUUGGGGAAUGUUGACACAAAUCAGCUCAAAAACAACAUGGCAACUGUAUCUCCAAAUGGUCGUUUUCUGGCUGCAGCUGCUUUUACAGCGGAUGUGAAGGUUUGGGAGAUCAUAUAUUCCAAGGAUGGUUCAGUGAAGGAAAUUUUGAAAGCUAUGCAACUUAAAGGACACAAGAGUGCAGUAACAUGGUUGUGCUUCACGCCAAAUUCAGAACAGAUUAUUACAGGUUCCAAGGAUGGCUCCAUAAGAGUAUGGAAUAUCAAUGUUCGCUAUCAUCUUGAUGAGGACCCAAAGACUUUGAAGGUGUUUCCAAUUCCACUUCAUGAUGCCAGUGGCUCAACUCUGCAUUAUGACCGGCUUAGCAUUUCACCUGAUGGAAAGAUAUUGGCAGCAACCCAUGGUUCCACAUUGCAAUGGUUAUGUGCUGAAACUGGAAAGGUUUUGGAUACAGCUGAAAAAUCACAUGAAGGUGAUAUCACAGGCAUUGCUUGGGCACCCCGGACCAUUCCAAUGGGGGGUAGCCUUGCCACGGUUUUAGCCACGGCUGGUGCUGACAAGAAGGUAAAGCUUUGGGUGGCUCCAGAUUUACAUCAAUCAUGAGGGAAGGAUCUAAUGGCAAGGCAAAGCAAAGCAACGCAUACCAGUUUUGUAGAAAAUAAUGAAAAAAAAAAAAAAAAAAACAGAUUUAGAUGCUUCAUGGAAUUUUAUCUGGGUUCCUGAGAUUUGAUAAUUCUAAAUAGGUAUUUUUCCCAGCCAAAAGUAAUAUGACCAUGCUUGUAUGGUAGAAAGGUCUGUGGCUUUUAUUGAAAGAUAGAUGGCAGCUUUAUUCAGUUCCUGAUUAUUUUUAUUUUUAUUU